AUUACUGCAACAUCAAGUCAGCUCCACUUAGCAUCAUGCAGCAAACCCUGUUAACAAAUGCCUGAACAAGCAUUGAGCCUGACAGGGCUUCUUUCAAGUAGGCUGGCUCUGCUCAGAGGACCCAGGGAGCUGCAGGUGGAGCAGACCCUUUACGAUGGGGAAGUCGGUAGCACUGGUCCUGGCUCUCGCCCUGCUGCCUCUUCUCUCAGAGGCCUCGCCAAUUCUCUCGGAAAAGCAGGCCAAACAGCUCCUGAGAUCUCGGCGGCAGGACAGGCCCAGCAAGCCGGGCUUCCCGGACGAGCCCAUGAGGGAGUACAUGCAUCACCUGCUGGUGCUGGAGCACUGGGCUGAGGAGCAGUUCCUGGAGCACUGGCUGAACCCCUUCUGCAAGCCUCACUGUGACAGGAACAGGGUGCACCCUGUGUAAGGGGCCUGUGGCCCACGUGAUCGCCAGAACAGAAGUCUUCAGACCUGAGGACUGGCGACGCUUGUGGAUGUGCCAAGGGAGAAAGAUGCAAAUAUUGAUUCUGCUUCAUCCUGCUAACCUGCGUACAUUAUGAAAGCAAAGCAUUUAAAGUGGAGAGUUCCGGAAGGCCUUCCUACUAGUUUGCUAGUGUGGGCAGAACUGAUAUUCCUGGAGUUGAUGAAUCUGGGACCUGUAGACCAGGAGUUGGGCCAGGCCACUAAGCUAUCCAUUACCUGCUUUUUCUUUUUUCUGCAUUAA